UCCGUUUCCAAAAGCCACCGCCAUCUAUAGUAAAGUAAAAUAAAAUAAUAUAAGUGAAGUUAGCGUACAAACAUGAAGUCAGCUGAAAGUUAUAAAUGUGUACAUAUGUCGAGCUGGUCGAGCAUGACUGCGUGAUGCAGUAGAGCUGUGAUCUGUAAUUCAUUCAUUCAGUGGCUGUGGUAAAAAGUAAAAACUGUCAACAUUUAUAGUGCCUCUUUCUAACUUAAAGUUAAAUCUCUUAUAUUUUUAUUUUAUUCCUUUCUUAGAAGUAUUAAGAAAGGGUUUAGUUUUCAUCAUUAACUAUCAAACAAUAUAAAGUCGUCUUCUCACUCAGCGCUUGUCAUCAGUCGUGCAUUUAGAAAUUGUUUAUUUGUGAUACUUGCAACUAUUAAAGUUCUAUCAUGGAAACCACAAGUGAAGCUCAUGAAUACAUUAAUUUUAUGGAACUAUUAGGUCGAUUGAAGCACCUAAAAAGGACAGGUUGGGUAAUUAAAAAUAUUCCUGACCCUGAAACUAUUUCAGGACACAUGUAUAGAAUGGCUGUCUUAUCUUUUUUAAUUGACCCAAAAGCAAACCUUAAUAAGAUGAAAAUUAUGGAAAUGGCUUUGGUUCAUGAUUUAGCAGAAUGUAUUGUUGGUGAUAUUACACCACAUUGUGGAGUUUCUGCAGAGGAUAAACAUAGAAUGGAAGAUGAAGCAAUGGAAGAAAUUUGUAAAAAUCUUGGAGCCAGAGGUGUUGAAAUGUUGAAAACAUUCAGAGAAUAUGAAAAACAAGAAUCACCAGAAGCUCGCUAUGUUAAAGAUCUAGAUAGAGUUGAUUUGUUAUGUCAAGCAUAUGAAUAUGAAAAACGAGAUGAGUGUCCAGGGGAAUUACAGGAAUUUUUUGAUGCAUCACAAGAAAAAGUAGAACAUCCUUUUUUAGCAGCUAUUGUCAAGGAAAUCAAUCGCAAACGUAAAGAAGUCACUCCUGAAAAACUGCUGAAUGGUAAUUGAUGAUAACUUUAAAUAGAAUACUAAUGCUUCAAUAUGUUAAUUAGAAUUAUUUAAUUUGAAAAUUAAUUCUACCACUUUUUACUAUUUUUGAAGUUAUAAUUUGUGUUAUUAUUUGAAUUCAGUAUGUUCAAUGUUUAAUUUUUAAUACUGUUGUUGGAGUUCUUAGUUAGUGCUGUUCAAAGUAAAAUAUUUCUGAAUAUUUUAAUUUAUAUCUUCAUACAUAGAAAUUUUAAUUGGCAAUUAUGUGAUGUUUUACCAAACUUGUGUUCUAUAAGUAACAACUUGAGAUUUAUAAAAGUAUUUAUAAACUUAAUUAUACAGUAACAUAUUUUAGUUGACAGUACAUUAUAAGCAAUAAAGUACUCAUUUCAAUAAUUAUAUUGAAAUGAAGUUAAUGUUGGACUGAGAAUGUAAAUAAUAAAAGCAUUAUGGUUAUAGUGAUAGUGCGCAAUUAUUAACAUGUGCUUAUUGCAAGUGAUUUGGUUUUAUAUGAAGCAUUAUCAUUUAUUUUCUAAACAUUAUAAAUUUGAAUUAAUUCAGAAAGAAUUUUUUUUUUUAAUUUUAUAAGUACAUGAAAUAGUGAAUCAAAAGAAUAUUAAAUUUUAAGUACACAAAUGUGUAUGUCAAUAUUCAGAAAGAAUGUAGUUAUAAUGGAAGAAUUUAAUAUGCAAUCAAUUUUUAGAUAUCAAUAGAUAGUAUGAGAUAUCUCAGAUCAUAGAAAUAAUUACAAGACUUUAACAAAUUUUUAUAAGUACAAAUAAAAAUAUAUUUAUGACCUGUAAAUAAACUGAGAAUAAUUUUCAAAAGUAAUAUUUAUGCAAUAAGAAUAUUAUAUAUCAUAGAAUAUUGUGCAUAAAAAAUAAUAGCUAAAAGUAUGUUUCUGUAAUACUAUCUUGA